AUGGCCACGAAUGACUGCGAGCUUCCAGUCGAGGUAGCAGAGGUAAACAUUGGCGGCGUCCCGGGCUGCAGUGCCUUCGGCUUUGAGGUACUCGACUGCCGGUUGCCCUUCACCGUGGCUCCGCAUGAAAGCGUUGCAGUCUCCGUAUCCUUCACUCCAGAAGUUGUGGCCUCGCGAUGGGCCCGGAAUCUUCGCUUUCUCAGCUCAUCAGGCAGACCUGUGUUGCAGGUUCCGCUGCGAGUAAAUCUUUCUCCAGAGCUGCUUCCCAUGCUGAGCGAUUUGCCAACGUCACUCCAAAUAUUGGGAGAUCAGACAGAGGCAUCUGUUCGAAGAGCGGUUGUUGGCACAGCGUUUGCUGUGCUGCUGCUCAUGUUUGUAGUUGUGGCGAUGGACGGCUUCCGAGCACUCAGAUCACCAUCGCCAGGACAGCUCACCAGCAAGUUGUUCAACGGCUCAUCCGGUGCUGAUGCAUAUGCUUCGCCCGCAGCUAGAGUCGGCGAUGUCAUCUCCAUGCUCUCCUGGACAAGUGUGGAUGCCUUUACCGGCGUCGAGGACAAGGAGCCUGUGCAACGGGCACAUGUGCAAGAAGAGCCGUCACCACCUCCAGCGCAAGCACAGCAAGGACAGCCAUCACAGCAGCAGCGGGCCCAGCAACAAAGCGAAGCAUCGCAAGCAUCGCAGCAAGAUCAGCUCAAGGAGCAACAGCAGCAGCUUCAGCAACAGCUUCAGCAGCUGCAGCAGCUCCAACAGCUGCAACAGCAGCAUUUGCAGCAGCAGCUGCAGCAGCGUGUCCCGCAAGAAGCCCCGCCAGCAAAAGCAGCGGCAAAGAAUCAGCCACAGGCGAAGGCUCAGGCUCAUACGCCAAAGAGUCAGCCUCAGGCUCAAGUCAAACAGCCAGCUAAGCAACCUCAGAAGGAGGGCAAAGGCCAAGCAAAGGAAAGCGUGCCCUCUCCCACAGUGCCCAAGAGCUCACCUCCUGCCCCGAGCAUGCCAGCAAAGGCUUCGUCACCAACGCAGCCUGCGCAGAGUGCGAAUGGUGACAGGCGACCUUCUCAGUCGCAGCAAGCGCAGAAAGAAGAGCCAAAGCCGAAGAAGAAGGCCAAAGCCGCGCCGGCGAGUCAAGCGCAGCCCGCUCAAACACAUCCUCAAGCGGCAUCUUCCUCAGCACCCCGCGUUCAAACCACCCCAGCCCGGCGUCGCGAUGAGGAGCGCGCAGCUGAAGAGCGCCGGCGUGAGGAGGAGCGCCGCCAGGAGGAGGCAAAGCGCGAGAAGCGAGCCCAAGAAGAAGCUGCAAAGAAGAAGGAGAGAGAGAAGGAGUCGAAGAAUAAGCGGACUGAACCACAACAGGAGAGAGGCCCCGCAACAAAGGCUCCCCCGAGCCAGCCCCCAUCAAUGCCCCCAGCCCCACCACCCCCAGCUCAGGCGGCAAAGCCAGCACCAGCUCAACCUCCCUCGCAACCACCAACGGCUCCCCCAGCAGCACCACCUGUACAGACCCAGCCACAACCACCCGCAGUUCCCUUGAAUUCUGUGAAUUCUGUUUGGAUGGACAACAAGUCUCCAAGUGAUUUCAUGAGCCAACCAAGCGGCAUGAUGCAGGAAGAAUCCGCGUCCAUGCCGCUUCCCCCACCACCUUCCAUUCCACCACCACCUGCACCCAGCAAGGCGGCACCCAUCAAGCCGAAGGCCAUCAGUCCCAUGAGCACCGUACCAGCACACGAGAUGGGCGAAUCAAGAAGCGUGCGAGCACCUCCAGGUAUUGAUCUCGGGCUCUUGCUCACUGGCCCUGCUCCCGGUCUGUCUCCCCAGCCUGUGAGGCCCCCACCUGGCAUUGGUAACCCUUACGCCUCCAAUGAUCCUGGCAGCUUGGCUCCAGCGGAGGCUGCGGCAGUCUCUGCCGUGCAGGGCCUUGGGACAGACAGCUUCUUUGGUGCCCCGGGGCUGGACUUUGGAAGCCUUGGUGCCAUUGGCCUCCCACCUGGCAUUGCACCAGGCAUCCCGAAGCAGCCUCAACCUCGGCUGCAGCAGCCAGGCUCCAGUUCAGGGAUGCAGGAGUUCUUCGACUCAUCCCUGGACCGCUUGGGCAUGUUCAACGAGCCUGGAGCCAACUCCUCCCUCUUCUCUUCACCCUUCGGCAUGUUCGGCCCGAUCGGCGGUGGUUGCCUUAGUCGUCACACCUGUUCAAUAGACUAG